AAAGAAAAAGGAGAGAAAACAACGAAUUCCCUCGUGUCAAGGACGCGACAUGUAUCCACAAGGCCGACAUCCGGCACCUCACCAGCCAGGGCAGCCUGGCUUCAAGUUCACCGUGGCCGAGUCCUGCGAUAGGAUCAAAGACGAGUUUCAGUUCCUGCAGGCUCAGUACCACAGUCUUAAAGUGGAGUACGACAAACUGGCCAAUGAGAAGACGGAGAUGCAGCGUCACUAUGUCAUGUACUAUGAGAUGUCCUAUGGGCUCAACAUUGAGAUGCACAAACAGACUGAGAUUGCCAAACGUCUCAAUGCUAUUCUGGCUCAGAUCAUGCCGUUCUUAUCACAAGAGCACCAACAGCAGGUGGCUCAGGCUGUUGAACGGGCCAAACAGGUGACCAUGACCGAGCUGAAUGCGAUCAUCGGGCAGCAGCAGCCGCCUCAUAGUGUCUACCCAGCCUUCAUGCAGCAGCAGCUCCAGGCUCAGCACCUCUCUCACGCGGCCCACGGCCCCCGUCCAGCUGCCCCCCACCCCUCAGGCCUGCAGCCGCCCGGCAUGCCCCCCGUGACGGGCGCUGGCUCCGGCCUGCUGGCUCUCGGUGCUCUCGGCAGCCAGGCCCACCUGCCUGUAAAGGACGAGAAGAACCACCACGACCUGGAGCACCGAGAGCGCGAAUCCAGCACGAAUAACUCGGUGUCGCCAUCAGACAGCCUGCGGGCAGCGAGCGAGAAGCACCGCGGCUCCUCAGACUACAGCCUCGACUCCAAGAAACGUAAAGUGGACGACAAAGACAGCAUGAGCCGAUAUGACAGUGACGGAGACAAAAGCGACGACUUGGUGGUGGAUGUUUCCAAUGAGGAUCCCGCCACCCCUCGAGUCAGCCCCGCUCACUCUCCUCCGGAGAACGGCCUGGAUAAAUCACGAGUCCUGAAGAAGGACGCCGCCCCCAACAGCCCCGCCUCCGUCGCCUCCUCGGGCAGCACGCCGUCCUCCAAAGCCAAGGACCACGCCCAUAAUGACAAGUCGUCCACACCGAGCCUGAAGUCCAACACACCUACUCCGAGGAACGAGGUGCCGACGCCAGGAACCAGCACCACUCCAGGACUACGACCGCUCACAAUGGGCAAACCACCCGGCAUGGAGGCUUUGGCUCCCCCGGCCCUGCGUACCCCUCUCACCAUUGCGGGCUCCUAUGCCUCCCCGUUUGCCAUGAUGGGUCACCAUGAGAUGAACGGAUCCCUGACCAGCCCCGGCGUCUAUCCAGGUCUCAUUUCACCGCAGAUGAGUGCUGCAGCUGCUGCCGCCUAUGGACGCUCACCAAUUGCGGGGUUUGAUCAUCCUCACAUGAGAGCUCCGGGUCUGCCAUCCAGCCUCACGUCCAUUUCUGGAGGAAAACCAGCUUAUUCUUUUCACGUUAGUGCAGAUGGUCAGAUGCAGCCCGUGCCCUUCCCUCCAGACGCACUGAUUGGCCCGGGCAUCCCGCGUCACGCUCGCCAGAUCAACACAUUGAGUCACGGGGAAGUGGUGUGUGCUGUCACCAUCAGCAACCCCACACGUCACGUCUACACCGGCGGCAAGGGUUGUGUCAAGAUCUGGGACAUCAGCCAACCCGGCAGCAAGAGCCCAGUGUCCCAACUCGACUGCCUGAACAGGGACAAUUACAUCCGCUCCUGCAAACUCUUGCCUGACGGCCGCACCCUAAUAGUGGGUGGGGAGGCCAGCACGCUGACCAUCUGGGACCUGGCCUCGCAGACGCCCCGCAUAAAGGCCGAGCUCACUUCCUCUGCUCCGGCCUGCUACGCGCUGGCCAUCAGCCCCGACGCCAAGGUCUGCUUUUCCUGCUGCUCGGAUGGAAACAUUGCCGUGUGGGAUCUCCACAACCAGACCCUCGUUAGGCAGUUCCAGGGCCACACGGACGGAGCCAGCUGCAUCGACAUCUCCCACGACGGGACCAAACUGUGGACCGGAGGGCUCGACAACACCGUCCGCUCCUGGGAUCUGAGGGAGGGACGGCAGCUCCAGCAACACGACUUUACCUCACAGAUCUUCUCGUUGGGCUACUGUCCCACCGGAGAGUGGCUGGCUGUGGGGAUGGAGAGCAGUAACGUGGAGGUGCUUCACCACACCAAGCCUGACAAGUACCAGCUGCACCUUCAUGAAAGCUGCGUCCUCUCACUCAAGUUUGCCUACUGUGGUAAAUGGUUUGUGAGCACAGGGAAGGACAAUCUGCUGAAUGCAUGGAGGACUCCUUAUGGCGCCAGCAUAUUCCAAUCGAAGGAGUCGUCCUCCGUCCUGAGCUGUGACAUCUCAGCAGAUGACAAAUACAUCGUGACAGGAUCCGGGGACAAGAAGGCCACCGUCUACGAGGUCAUCUACUAGAGAGAACGGAGGCUCCUGCUUCAGCACUUCUGAGGAGAAGACUUUUACUUUUUACUCCGACCAUCCGUCUGUGGACUACAACGCGCUGAAAUGAACUACAGAUUUGGCACUGGCGGUGAUCGAUGACCGAAGGAUGCUUGUGCUGGAAAGAAGAUUUUCUGUACUUGAUUUGGAAGGUUUCUUUUUUGGUUACACAUUUUUUUUAAAACUUUUUUCCCCCCUUGAGAAUAUUUGGUCGUAACCCGAUGAAGCGGCGCUUCAUUUCUGAGAACCUCGUUCCCCCAGACGUCUUGUGAAAAGUGUACAUAUCGGAUUAAAUAAAAGACACUUUAUAUAUAUUAUAAAAUAUAUAUAUUUUCAUGUCCUGGGUGUACUUGUGAUGAUUUUUUUUGGCCCACUCUGUCUUAUGCCAUGAUAUUUGAGUGGGAAAGCAGAACAUAGAUUAGAACUUUUUAACAAUUUUACUCUUGAUUUUUCUUAAAGCACAUUCUCCAAGCUGACCUUUUCAGAAAUGAAACAGAGGAGCAUGAAACUUGUAAGUAGGACGUUUUGUGGAGAUUUUUAAAUGGCCUUUUUGUCACAGUGCUCUUACCGGACAAUGGAUACGUGGAGUCCUCUGACUCCGGCAGAGACUUGGCUGGUUUGGACCACUGUGGGACGGAGCAGGACACUAUGAUUCAGGAGAAGAAAUGGAUGUAAAUUUAAUUCAUAUAUAUAACAAAAGACCUUUUUUUUUUUUAAAGUGUACUGCUCUGUCUGUGCUAUCUUUCUCCCUGUUUGUUUUACCUUGUUGGAUUACACGAGAUGGGGAACGUUUAAUGUUUAGCCUAACCCUUGGACCUCAGUUGGCAGCAGAAGCACUGCAGCAGGCACAAACUGGAUGAAAAUGUGCUUUUUUGCUAACUUGACGCAAUAUGGAUGUUGAAUUGCACCAUUGCUUUCUUGGCUACAGACUAAACUGUUCAAUCUGCGCUAUUGGAAUCCUUAUCUUAUCAAUAUUCCUGGAAUAUGUUUGGUUGGCGGAGACAUGUAAAUGCUCAUGAGGACAGAGGGAACGGCACUUAAAUGUAAACACAAAUGAAUAAGUCGAGUGUCUCCCAUGUAGACGGUAAGACAACAGUGAAUAAUUCUGGUUGUACACUGUGCUCCUGAUCCUGUCAGCAUUUCCCACAAAAAAAAUUCUAAAGGGCCGAUCAGCGCUGGCCCUCUGAAUCACACCAAAGUAUGUAGCAAAUGCUGUCGGCACUGAAAAUAAAUGUACAGUUGUUAAUAAAUCAAUAAAACAGUUUUUGUAGAA